AUGUCUUUGAAACAUUUGAUUGACUUCGCGAGCGGGGUCCCCGCUACAACCCUUCUGCCAGCUGACCGUUUGAAAGAGGCAGCAGCUGUAGUACUUUCAAGCCCUACAGUAUGGCAGCCAGGAAUGAUCUAUGGUCCCGAUGAAGGUUAUUUUCCUCUCCGGGAGAACAUUGCCAAGUGGUUGACUGGAUUCUACAACCCCUCGCAUUCCAUAUGUGCGGAACGAAUUUGCAUCACCGGCGGCGCUAGUCAGAACAUGGCCAGUAUCUUGCAAGUUUUCACCGAUCCCAUCAAGACGCGGAAAGUCUGGGUCAUUGAACCGGCCUACUUUCUCGCAUUUCAGAUUUUCGAAGAUGCUGGACUCAACGGCAAGUUACACGGUGUUCCCGAGGAUGCGGAGGGUGUCGACAUUGCCUUUCUAGAAAAAGCACUAGCAGCGGAACUCGAAGAAUUCAACGCUUCUACACCGGUGCAAAGACCUCCUAUUAAAGCUGCAUGUGCCUAUCGAAAGCUUUAUUCCCAUGUCAUUUACUGUGUCCCGACUUUUGCCAAUCCAUCCGGUAUCAUCAUGUCCCACUCUCGACGAGAAUCUCUGCUUCUUCUGGCUCGGAAGUACGAUGCUUUGAUUAUCAGUGAUGAUGUGUAUGACUUCUUGAAUUGGAGUUCGGAUAUGCAAAUCCAAGAAAAACCUAAAUCAUCCGCGGCUAUCUUGCCGCGAAUUGUCGACCUGGACAAAACCUUGGACGGAGGACCACAAGAUGAGUUUGGAAACGCUAUCAGCAACGGCAGUUUUAGCAAAAUCGUUGGCCCCGGUUGUCGCGUUGGAUGGGCAGAGGGUGCCGAGAAACUCAUCCAUGGCCUUUCUCAGAGUGGAUCAACUCGCUCUGGUGGAGCCCCAUCGCACCUCAUGUCAACUUUUAUCAACGAGCUCAUGACUAGCGACUCCUUGAAAGAUCAUAUGGCCUCAACGAUUCUAGCAUACAGGCGCCGUUAUCUCAACAUACUCGCGGCAAUAGAAACCCACCUUCUCCCUCUAGGGGUAUCUUUUAACACGUCACCAAUCUCUAGUCCUAGAGCAGGCGGAAUCUUCUUUUGGCUCAAACUUCCUCCACCGCUAACGGCGAAGAAGGUGGCCCAUAUUGCGCAAGAAGAGGAAAAUAUUGUUUUCGGAACAGGGCCCUCUUUUAGUCUUCCGAAGGGGAAUAUUAGUAACAAUGACUUUGAGGACAUGAUUAGGUUGUGCUUUUCCUAUGUUGAAGAGGAGAGCCUGUUGGAAGGGGUUGUUCGGCUGAGUCGUGUUUUGAAGAAGCUACUGGGAGGAGAGGCACCGUGA